AUGUCCCAGAAUUAUCCAAGAAUGGCAUUGAGUCCAAUAACGUCAAUGGGAAUAUUUUAUACCGAGAAAUCACUGAAAUGUGAAUUGUACUUUAAUGAUCCCUAUGGAAAACAGAGUUUCGAAUAUAAGGAAACAAAGAUCGAUCAUUUGAAAAACUUCGUCGAAUACCUGGAAGAAAUCAUCUAUAACCAAGCAGGUCUCGUGAAUUCUCUCAAAAUCAAGUACAGUGGACUUGAAGAAAACUAUAAAAAGAACAAGUUGGACCCAGUCAUUAACCAGAUAUUCAAGUGUCUGGAAUCGAGAAAAGAUCUUCUUCAAGUCAAAAGACUAUCGAUCGAUGCAGUUGAUAUGAGUCAGGCAAUGACAGUCGUCAAGUUAUUGGAUCCAUCGGUUUUGAAGAAAGUCGAAUUUUGUUUCGAAAAUAGAGAUGAGGAUAUCAAUAUAGAGGAUGCUCUGGCUUUGGUAAAAUGGAAUGAAGGACAACGGAUGAAAUUGGUUUUCAAGUUACACACAAUUCGUCCAGAAUAUUUGGAAUCGGUGAAAAAAUUUCUUCUACAACAAUCGACUUUCACUGAGAUCUUCAUUUAUUACAAACACUGUGUCCACGAUAUCCCGAGUUUGAGAACAAUUAUUGGUGUUCCAAUGCAACAUGAAACUCCCGGCUCAAAGGAGAAGUUUAUCAAGUUCCAACUGUCACAUAGUCUGUUGUUAUCUGCGGGUUUAGUGAAAUUAACUCUGAGCAACAAUGUAUCUGCAAAGGUUCUAGAGAAUCCAUUAAUUAUGAAACGUGUCAUUCAAUCGUUUGGGUUUUGGAAUGUCCAACGACUCCGUAAAACGUCUCGUGGAAUCAGGGACUGCGUUGACUUUCUCAAACCCGUUACCAACAUUGAUGAAUAUAAUGUUUUUUUCUUAAGUGAUACUCAUCCAAGUGCACGUAUUGAAACUGGACGUUACUGGUCAAAAAACUGGAUUUAUGGGAAACAUGAAACUUCUGAGGACAGAAAUGUAUUGUGUCAGAAGGCACAAGAUCAAGUUUUGAAUGACUUUGAGGUCAACUUGGGUCAUCAGAAUACGUGUUUAGAAAAAUUGAAAUUCAUAUUCUCGUAUAUUGACACUCUUCGAAAGGAGGAAAAUCCGAACCCAAGCAUUGAAGAAUUUCAGCGUCUUAAUCAACUUACCAUUCAAUUUUUGUGGAAACUUAAAGAAAUUCUAUCAACAAGAAGUCAGUUACUAAAAGUAAAAGUGUUGAAAGUGUUAUGUUGUACCGACGACAAUGUGAUGAAAAUUCUCCCGUACCUUGACCCAAAAUGGUUGAAAAAAAUUGAGCUGAAUGAUCCGAGAUCGGAAUAUGGAAGACUCCGUGACAGGGUUAAAUACCCAGAGUCCAUGUUGAAACCGUUUGUAUUGGACGAGAUAUGUCAGUUGGAGCAGUGGAAGAGUGCGAAAGAACUGAAGAUUCGAUCACAGCCAAUACCCACUUCAAUUCAAAAAAUGAAUAUCACUCAUUUUUCCAGAAUUUGGAUAGAAGUGGAUACAAUUAGUUCAGAAGAUGUGUUAUAUUUGAAAAAUCAUCUUUUACUAUCGACCACUUUCCAAAGAUUCAUAAUUCGCUUCAAAAACACGACAAUUGACUACGAAACUCUUCACGGACUAAUUGGACCACCGGAUCGAAUCUUCAGCGAUGAUGAUCGUAUUUGGUUUUUCCAAAUGGAAGUGAAUCAUCAAUUCUUAGAAGUAAGCUUGGAUAGAAGUCGCAACAAAUCUGAAAACGUGGAUCUCGACGAGACGGACGGUGACUCUUUCGACCGGAUGAGAAGUGUGCUUGGCAACAUGAACCCGGCCUAUGGGCUCAUGCAUCGUAUUAGAUAUCGUGAGAAAUGA